CUAACCGCCAAAGGACUAUAACAUUGCAUAGGUAACGGUUUUUUGAAAUUUUGAGGACAAAAAAUGGCAACGGCUACUUUAGCAAGACAAAUAGGCCGUGUCAUAUCUAAUGCAGCCAGAAAGAAAACAUCAGGAGGAGGCUGGUACAGCCCUCACAUGGCUGCUGCUUCUCGCGCCAUCGCAGAGCGAAUCCCGUUGGUCGAUCUUGUUCUUGAAAUCAGAGAUGCAAGGAUUCCAUUAUCUUCAGAGUGUGAGCAAUUGAUGAACCAUAAGCUUUCCUCAAGACGAAUCAUAGUAUUGAACAAGAUGGACCUCGCCGAUUGCUCACAAACGAAGGAGUGGAUGAGCUAUUUUGAACAAAACAACUGCAUUUCUUAUGGAGUCAAUGCCCAUAAUAAGAAGAGCAUCAGGCAGUUCUUGAACUUCUUACAAGCCCAAGUUAAACAACUGAGGAGAAACAAUCAUUCUUUUACGACAACAAUAUUAGUGGUUGGGAUUCCUAAUGUUGGUAAAUCAGCUCUCGCCAACUCUUUGCAUCAAAUUGGGAGGAUUAGUGCGGCAGAGAAGGGAAGGUUGAGGCACGCUACAGUGAGUCCUCACCCCGGUGAGACGAAAGACAUAAGCAGUUUGAAGAUCGGAAGCCAUCCGAAUAUUUAUGUAUUGGAUACUCCAGGAAUUUUGCCUCCUGAGAUUUCUGAUGUUGAGGUCUGCUCCAAGCUAGCUUUAACAGGAGCGGUCGACGACUGUUUGGUUCGACGAGAAGAACUUGCUCAAUAUUUUCUUACCUUUCUAAACUUGAGCGAUGAAUACAAGAAGUGGUCAAAGUUGUCCAAAAAUGAAAUUGUGAAACCAUUAGCGGACCAUAAAGCAGAACGCUCAAGUGGUGUUAAAAUGGACGCGAAACGGAGGCGGCAAUAUCCCACAGACCAUACACAGGAUUUCAUAGUGAAUGACGUUCGUCAAACUCUCUUCGAGAAGAUUUCAUCUUUCGAUGGCAACAUGAAUGAUGAAAGCAACUUGUCAACGCUUAUUGAGGAAGAGAUCAUGGCCUUGAAGGAAGCUUUUCGAAUUCCUACAGACUUGAAUGAGGAUGCACGAUAUAAAGUGGCUGCCAAGUUGUUGAAUUUAUACCGUACCGGGCGGCUUGGACACUACACUUUAGAUUCUGUCCCAUAAAAGCUUAGCAAUUCUUUGUUUGAAUUCACUCGUUCCAUCCCAGAGCAAUUUAAGCCAAAUUUGCAGCUUAGCAAUUCUGUCCCAGAGCAAUUUAAGCCAAAUUUGCAGCUAAAAGCAACAAUAGAAAAUUGCAUAAAAAAUUUUGCCCAAGCAAGAAAGACGAUCAUAAAUGCUUUGGGAAUGGCAAUGAUGAUCAAACAAGAACUGUGA